GCUCUCGAGAUCGGCAGAUAAGGUCAGUUUGUGGAGCGAAGGAGACGUCGAGGGAGCGAGUGUUCCUGCUUCAACAGUGAUUGAACGGAACCUUCAUUCCCAGCCGCUUUAUCCAUCCACCAUUAGCAUCUCCUCACACAUAACAUAUUCUGCAAUCGUUUAGUUUUGGUUUGCCUUGUCUUCGUUACUCGAGAUGAGCUCCCAGGUACGACAGAAUUAUCACCUCGACUGCGAGGCGGCCGUCAGCCGGCAGAUCAACCUGGAGCUGUACGCAUCAUAUGUCUACCUCUCCAUGUCCUACUACUUUGACCGUGAUGAUGUUGCUUUGAAGAACUUUGCCAGCUUUUUUCUGGAGCAGUCUCACGAAGAGCGUGAACAUGCUGAGAAACUGAUGAAAUUACAGAACCAGCGAGGAGGCCGCACCUUACUCCAGGAUAUUAAGAAACCAGAUCGUGACGAAUGGGGGAGCGGCUUGGAUGCAAUGAUUUGCUCUCUGGAGUUGGAGAAGAGUGUGAACCAGUCACUUUUGGAGUUACAUAAACUGGCUACAGAUAGGAAUGACCCACAUCUUUGUGACUUUUUGGAGACUCACUAUUUGGAUGAGCAAGUCAAGUCCAUCAAGCUACUAGGAGACCAUGUAACCAACCUGCGGAGACUGGGUGCUCCUGAAAAUGGCAUGGCUGAAUACUUGUUUGACAAGCACACCUUGGGAAAAGACAGCAGCUGAACACUGGAAUUCAGACCCCUGCCGCUUACAGCACAGUCUGUAAACUUCAGAGCAUGUUUAUCUUAUUUGUAGUAUGUUUAAUUUCACACUAUUUAAUUAUGUAAUUGAUUCUAUCACCAUAAACUUGAAUGAAUUCUUUUUAGCUGUAUCCUGCUGGAUUUAUUGAAGUGUACUUGUUUUAAGAAGUUCUUUGACCCGAAUAAAGCAACUCAAAAGUG